AUGGUGCCUUUCUCCCAGUCAGAGGCGGAGGCCUUCUGGUAUGCGGCCCCGCACCUGUCGAAGGAGCACCAGCAGGCGCUUGCGCAGCUGCGCUCGGAGCUGCAGACGCGCGGCUGCCUGGCCCCGACCGUCGACGACGACCCGUCGCUGCUCCGGUUCCUCAAGGCGCGCGGCUGGAGCGUAGAGAGGGCAGCCAAAAUGUACCAGGCCAUGGCGGAGUGGCGCAAAGCCAAGGGCGUGGACGAGAUGAUGCGGUCGUUUAGGUUUGGCGAGCGCGCCAUCGUGCGCACCAUGUACCCGCACUUCUAUCACAAGACUGACAAAUUCGGGCGGCCCGUCUACUACGAGCUGCUGGGGCAGGUGGACGUGGCCAAGGUGAUGAGUGUCACGACGCGGGAGCGGUUCCUAAACUACCACAUCCUGCUGGCCGAGUCGUUCCGGCGCGAGAAGCUGCCGCAGUGCAGCGUAUGCGCGGGGCGCACCAUCCUGGGGGUCGUGGUGGUGCUUGACUUGGAGGGCUUUUCCCUCGCCCAGUUUGCCGCAGCGAAGGAUUUCCUGGCAGAGAUCUCACGACUUGACCAGGACGUGUUCCCGGAGCACUUGGGUGUGAUGUUUCUCAUCAACGCGCCCCUGCUGUUCCGAUCCAUCUGGGCGUGCAUCAAGCCGUUUCUGGACGAGAGGACACUGGGCAAGAUCAAGGUCCUGGGCAGCAGCUACCAGUCCGAACUGGUGGCCCUCAUACCAGCGGAGAACCUGCCCGCGCGCUUUGGCGGCGAGUCAGCCGCCAACGAGAUGGAAGAUGAGGGCCCCUGGGAGGGAACUCUGUUCAGCCGCGCCGCCAGCCGCGCCGCGUCCGCCGAGCCGCGGGAGCUGCUCCAGCUCUCGGCGCUGUGCGCGGAGCGCGUGGCGGCCGGCGGCGUCGGCGGGGCGCCGCAGCGGCCGGCGUCGAGCGCGGGCGCGAGCGAGGCGGGGUCGGCGGCGACAACUUUUGCGUCGGCCCUCAGCGCGCAGAGCAGCCGCAGGUCCAGCCGCACCUCUAGCACAGGCGGCACAGCCGCAGGCGUGGCAGCCCCGGCCGGGCUCGGCCUGCUCAUCGCACAGCACGGUGGCGGCGGCGGGUGCUUAGAUUGCAGCCCAGUCGCUGGCGGCGGCGGCGGCGGCUGCAGUGUGGCGUGUGCGCGCCGCUCCCUGAUGGAGGAGACCAUCCGCGAGGAGCCCAGCGCGGGCUCAGACUGGCCGGCCCCUGCCGCCAGCGGCGGCGGCGGUGACGGGGAGGAGGAAGGCCUGCAGCGGUGCGGCGGGGAGGCGGGCGGCCUGGCAGCCGGCGGCGAGGCGGCCAUGGAGUUGACGGCAAAGGCGAAGAUCUGGGCCUCCCGCCCCUCGGGCAGCUUCUGGCGACUGAAGUCAAAGCGCGGCGUGGCGGUUUGA